GAACUGUCAGAAGUAUUUUAGCAAGUACUUUAUUCAGGUUAGUUAAUUUUUGAAACAUGGCCGAGAUGGAAGGGUCAUUGAGCAAAUGGACUAAUGUGAUGAAGGGCUGGCAGUACAGAUGGUUCGUGCUGGACGAAAACGCCGGUCUACUCUCGUAUUACACGUCCAAGGAGAAAAUGAUGCGAGGCGUACGAAGGGGUUGCGUGCGUUUAAAGGGCGCCGUGAUUGGCAUCGAUGACGAAGACAGCACCUUCACCAUCACCGUAGACCACAAGACCUUCCACUUUCAAGCAAGAACGGCAGCCGAACGAGAAAAAUGGGUUCGCGCCCUCGAGGACACGAUUUUCCGACACGGAAGCAGGAUGCGUUGGGACACGAACGGACCUCCGGCAACUAUAAAAGACUUUGAUAACAAAGUAUCAGAAGCCGACGCUUACUUGCAACUAAUGAUCGAACAAACGCAGAAUCUAGAGGAGCGCAUCAAAAUCAUCAAAGACGAAGAAGAGAAAACGAAGUGUCAAGUGAUCCUAGAGCACGCCAACAUGAUGUUGGAUAAUAUUAAGCAUUCCAUAGUUUUACUACAAAUUGCAAAGAACACAGCGCAUCCGAUCAACGGAAUUUACCAACCACCAACGAAUAUCGAAGCAAGUCUGACAGAACCAGAAGUAUUGCCGGAUAUGACCAUACAGCAGGGUGUCGAAAUGGCCUCGGAGUGUAUGGAAUCGGCUCGAAGGCAUGCAUCUAUUGUCGCAACAGCUUCGACCGUACCGGAAACCUCGUAUUCCAGUUCAGAAGGUGAAGACGACUUUUACGAUGCGAACGACUCUCCGUUUUCCGUCAGCCAAGCGACAACGCCUACCGCCCUUCGUCAAUUCAACGAGGACCACGCUGUUGCGGUUUCCCCAUCGUCCGUUCAACAAACAACAGCCGCCUCCACAACAGAUCCGAAAAUCCUCCAAACAGUUUCAACUAGGGGAUCCAUCGCGCACUCCGCUAACACAGAAAUUGGGAACGUGGAUUACGAUGCUUUAUAUGAGGACGACACCGAACCAGAUGUGCAAUUAGAUGUUCAGGGAUCGGUGAUCAAGCAUAUGAUAGGACAAGUAAAAAUAGGUAUGGAUCUGACGAAAGUUGUCCUGCCCACGUUUAUAUUAGAGAGGAGAUCACUGUUGGAGAUGUACGCUGAUUACUUUGCGCAUCCCGAUAUAUUUGUGGGGAUUGCGGAUAUGAAAGACCCCAGAGAUCGUAUGGUCCAAGUACUAAAAUGGUACUUGUCUUCGUAUCACGCUGGUAGAAAGAGCUGCGUUGCCAAGAAGCCUUACAAUCCUAUACUCGGAGAAACAUUCUCCUGCAUUUGGGACGUUUAUGAUGAACCAAACGGAGAGGAAGUCCAAGACGGGCCUGUGCCUUGGUGCACCGAAAAUCAGCUUAGCUUUAUUGCCGAACAGGUAUCGCAUCAUCCGCCUGUGUCAGCAUUCUACGCGGAGCACGUUAAGAAGAGGAUAACAUUUAACGCCUACAUUUACACAAAAUCGAAAUUCCUGGGUUUAUCGAUUUGCGUUUACAACAUAGGUCAAGGAAUAGUGUCGCUCCUCGAUCACGACGAACAUUACGUAGUAACAUUUCCAAAUGGCUACGGUAGAUCAAUUUUGACUGUGCCUUGGAUCGAACUAGGCGGUCCCGUGACAAUAACCUGUCCGAAAACUGGAUAUUAUAGUAACAUUGAAUUUAUAACUAAACCAUUCUAUGGCAAUAAGAAGCACAAGAUCACCGCAGAUGUAUUCGGUCCCAACGAUAAAAAGCCCUUCCUGCAGAUUAACGGAGAAUGGAAUGGUCUGAUGGAAGCCAAGUGGAACGAGAAAGAAGUGGAGGAGUUUAUCGAUGUACAGAAGUUGAAAAUAGUUAAGAAACAAGUGAGACCCAUUAGUCAACAGAGCGAAAACGAGUCAAGGAGGCUCUGGAAAGAAGUCACUGCUGGUCUUAAAUACAAUGACAUCGAGAAGGCGACGCAAGCCAAAGCCGAUUUGGAACAAAAGCAGCGUGAAGAGGCCAAAGAAAGGAAAGCAAAUAACGUAAAUUGGGAAACUAAACUUUUUUCCAAAACAUCGGACGAAAACUGGCUGUUCUUGAAACCCUUGCAGAAUCGGAUGACGGCAACAUCGAACACUUGAAUUUCACCCUCCGUAACAACCAAAUUAUUACUUUCACCAAUUGAAAGCGUUAUUAUUUUUUUUACAUAAAUUAUUUUCAUUUAUAUUGCGUGCGCGGACUCGAGUCGUUCCUUUCUCGCGUGUGAUCUAUUUCUUUUUCAUUUUCCAGAGUUAUUAUAUAGUGAACUGUGAUAAUUAAACAAAACGAACACGGCAAAAUAAGUCGACGAAAAAGAAACAUAAGAAAAUUUAGCGAAAGUAUGGAUGAUGAAUGAUGGUGUAUAAUGUACGUAGUAAAAUAAUGUAUGUACACAUUUGUAUUUUCUCCCUGCUGCCGGACAGCCGUAAACAUUAUUUUCAUUU